CCUUGCAGUUACGAAUGCCUUCGAAGGCACUGUAUUCGUUAAUGCGAACUUUUCCGCACAAAUGACGGCCACGGAUUACGUUACGCAGCUCUUCCCUCUGUUCAAUCAAGCGCAGAUUGAGGAAACAGUGCAGCAGUAUACGAAUAUCGGACUGAACACCGUCAACGAUCAAGCAAUUGCGAUUAUGGGAGAAUCUAUCUUCAUUUGUCCGACGUAUCGCUUACUUUCGGCAUUCCCUGGGCGUUCUCAUAAGGGCUUAUUUGCUGUGCCACCGGGCGAGCACGGCAAUGAUGUAGCCUACUACUUCCCUGGAACCAUUGGCCCGCCGUUCAAAAAUCCUCAGUUCUCUGCUUCUUUUUCAGGCUCGUUCCUCGGAUUCGUCAAAUUUGGGGACCCUAAUAUACACCCUGUUAACAAUGAUAUCACUCCGGCCUGGAAAACGUUUAGUCAAGGAAACACGGAAAUGCUCUUCAACAGGACUGAAGACUUCCAGCCGGAUAUUCGGCCCUUCACGACUGAUCCGGCAUUGUUGGAGCGAUGCGAGUCAGUGCAAAUACUUUUUUUCACUGGCUCUAUAGAUCGUUUAGGUUACUAA